AUGCUUAGCGCUCAAGCAGAAAACGUACACCAACAGCUUCCAGACCACAGACAAUGUCCUUCCAAUAAAACCGACAACUCUCCAAGGGAAGCUACAGCUGUGCAAAUAUUCAUCCGCAAACUGACGACUGCUUUAUACAUGGACUCACAUAUCUUGCGUGUAGACAGUAGUCCAGAAGCUGUAACACAGAACAGUGAGUACGAGACCUCCUCAAACAUGCACGCGAAGGAUGAAAUCGAGCGUCCAUCACUUCUAACCGUUUUGACAGACCAUAAAUUGUUCAGGUUCCGAGUGAGUAUAUCAAUCUACCUCGAUGCGGUUCGAAGUUGGUUCAGCUGUAGCACCCCUUCGGUGCCCAAAUGCUAUGAUAACCGAAAGAAGCACGAGGGAUGGGAUACUGCUAGGUUGUUCAAGCCUAGACAAGAGAAUUCGAGAGGCAGAGGUCGGAUUCGAACCACGGACCUUCCGGUCGUUGAACUUGAAGACUGUUCUCCGAGUGCUCAUUAUUUGACCAUACUAACCGCGGCAGGAACCAAACAGCCUGAACAGGCAAUUGGACUGAUUCUUCCGGAACCAAUAACAACGUGCGCCCAUUCUCUUUAA